CUGUCGUGCCGCUGGUACCGUUAAAAGUUAACCGUUAGCCCUGCACUGACAGUGCCGUCGCCAUUUUGUCGUUUCGCAUUUGCCGUCGUUUCCGUCGAGUUCGUUGUGGUCCUCGCCGUCGCUAUCGCCGUCGUGGUUCUCGCAAAAAAUUAUCUUGCUUUGAAGUGGAGUCCAAUGGAAAAUAAUAUAAAAAGAAGGAAAAAGUAAAAACUACAUAUAAACUCAAUUGUGGAAAACUACAUGUCCUGAAAUUAAGUGUGAAAGUGCGGAGACGAACUCCUGAACCAAAAGGGUCGUUGCAAAAGUCGCCUCAAAUGAAAAUAACUACAACUCCUAGUGUCUAGUGUCUCCAUCCUACGAUGCGUAAACAAAUUUAAGUUGUUCGCCACCGUUGAAGCUCCGCGCUGCUCAACUGAUAGAGCCGAUGCACUGGUAUGUAGUCGAAAGAGCACACGAACGCUAUAGCGUCUCAGCCGAACCGAACACAACGAACAACAGAACCCAAAUCGAAUCGAAAAGAAACCGCCGCGAUAAGAAGAAACCACGACGGAGCCGUGAGACGGCGGUGUGCCAGCAGCAGUUAUACAGCGUCUCCGUCUAUAGCUAGCUGGCGGUUGGCUAACGGUGCCUCGUUUCACGGUUAGCGAGUCGCGAGUGAAGCCUCUACAGGGAGAAUAUAUUGAGAGAGAGCAGCCUGGUGGAUUGGGGGAUAUUAUUGUGUAAUAAUUUCUUUGAAUUCAAAUAUCACUCAUACGACGCGUGUGCCAAUCCCCCACCCAGUACCAUUGCCUAUUGCUGUGCAUGCAUUUGGUCUUAGCAAUGAUGCAAACCCUGAAACCGCCGCCGCCGCUACAUCACCACCACCCACAACAGCAGCUUCCCCAGCACCUGACAGCCAUGGAUAAUCAUCAGCAACAUCCGCCGCAUAUCCAUCAGCCGCAACAGCAGCAGCAACAAUUGCCACCCACGCCGCAGGCAUCGCACCUGGUAGGCGGCCAGCACAAUCAUCUGGCUGUCGACCAUGAUGACCCAAAUCCUGAACUGGUGCUCGCCUUAAUUUCAAGGAAUCGUGCGCUCGAGGCUACGAUACCGAAGUGCGGCGGCUGCCACGAGCUGAUCUUGGACCGAUUCAUCCUGAAGGUGCUGGAGCGAACGUGGCACGCCAAGUGUCUCCAGUGCAGCGAGUGCCACGGUCAACUCAACGAUAAAUGCUUCGCCCGCAACGGUCAACUUUUCUGCAAGGAGGACUUUUUCAAGUCUAACAGACGGUACGGUACAAAGUGUUCCGCUUGUGAUAUGGGCAUACCGCCAACCCAGGUGGUGCGCCGGGCCCAGGACAACGUCUAUCAUCUGCAGUGCUUCCUGUGCGCGAUGUGCUCCCGCACUCUCAACACGGGCGACGAGUUCUAUCUGAUGGAGGACCGCAAGCUCAUCUGCAAGCGCGACUACGAGGAGGCCAAGGCAAAGGGUCUCUACUUGGAUGGCUCGCUGGACGGCGAUCAGCCGAACAAGCGUCCGCGAACCACAAUCACCGCCAAGCAGCUGGAGACCCUGAAGACCGCCUACAACAAUAGCCCCAAGCCCGCCCGACACGUUCGGGAGCAGCUGUCACAGGACACUGGCCUAGAUAUGCGGGUGGUCCAGGUCUGGUUCCAAAACAGGCGGGCCAAGGAGAAACGACUGAAAAAGGAUGCGGGACGCACCCGAUGGAGUCAGUACUUCCGCUCCAUGAAGGGGAACUGUUCGCCACGCACUGACAAAUUCCUCGACAAGGAUGAACUGAAGGUCGAUUAUGACAGCUUCAGUCAUCAUGAUCUAAGCAACGACAGCUACAGCACCGUCAAUUUGGGCCUGGAUGAAGGCGCCUCACCGCACAGCAUUCGCGGCUCCUACAUGCAUGGCAGCUCUAGUCCGUCUCAGUACCCGCCGAGCAGUCGCUCGCCGCCGCCAGUUGGCCAGAGCCAUACCUUUGGAUCGUACCCAGACAAUAUUGUGUACACCAAUAUAGAUCAUGCGACGGGCUCUACUCUGCACGCCAGCAAGUCACAUCACCGCCUGCACAGUAGCAACAAUGUUUCGGACCUGAGCAACGACUCAAGCCCCGAACAGGGCUAUCCUGACUUUCCGCCGAGCCCCGAUUCCUGGCUUGGCGACUCGGCAAGUACCAACAACACCAGCAACAACAACAACAACAACAGCAAUAACAACGGUGGCAGCGGCAGUGGUGGAGCCAGUGCGAAUGUCAGCAAUGUCACCACGGCAAACCCCGGCACGCCAAGCGUACAUUACUGAUACUCAAAUCUGCUUUUGCGUUAUUUUGAGAUGCAGUCUCGCAGUCUUAUUCUCUCUGCCCAGCAACAACAACAGAAGCUUUAGCAGCGCCAUGUUGAAAGCUCUGAGUAACAGCGACAGCGAAGCUAAGUUGUUAACGGGAAUAAGUCAGGAGAUGUGGCAACGCGGCGGAUCUAAAACUGUAGAUUUCAAGUUAAUGCCAUUUGGGUGCGUCUCGUCUCCAUUAUAACCAAUUCGUGAUUAGCGAAAAAAUCCUCAUCAAAAUCAACUAGUUCAAAAAUUAGCAAAAACAAAAAACAUCUCUCAACUUUUUGGGUACGCAGGAUCUACAGAGGCCAUCUUUUGAUGGGGUGCGAGUCGCGCCCACAUGGCAUUACCCUUAAAGCCUUAUUUGUGUUUAGAUAAACAAAAACCCUUACACAAUUUGCUCAAAAUAAUUUAUUUCCUUUACUUGGUCAUCUACGUCGGUGGAUUGAAAACAGAUUACGUAUUUGUACCUACUUUAAAGCUUAAUUGAUUGCAUCACUUCCUGGAACAGCCGCUCUAUCAUUUACCAUUGAAACCCUUCCCUGAUAUUUUACUGUAAAUAAUGUAUAUUUGUGUAUAGUGAAUGAACUCUAAAACUGAAUUUUAAAUUAAAUUAAGUCUGUAUAGCGUCAAACAAAUGCGGGGUAGUAGAGCAAAAUAUGCAUGCAUACAUAUGCUAGGCUCGAGCCCAAAACAAGUUAUUUAUUGCUUUAUAUAGGAAUACAACCAAAUUGCAUAGGAGAAAUAUCAAUUACGAAAACGUGAUGUCGUAUUUAUAUCUAAUGAAAACCCAAAAACCAAAAAUAUUUAAACAGCAUAGAAAUGUCAGUAAGGAAGCAACUAAGUAAAAAAAUGAUAAAAUGAAUGCGAUGAAAUAAAUUACUAUUUGACACAUAAGAAUA